AUGAGUUCGUCCGCACCAGCCGAGUCUUCGACUCCCAAGGAGAAGAAGGGACUGGGCAAGCUACUUUCCCGGGCCAAGACCAUCUUGAAGAAGGCCGAUGGCUCCAAGCGCAUGUCCGCUCUGCCGUCCACCUCGACGCCAGGGACCGAUAUUAUCAGAAAAACCAAGCCUGGCGCGCCUGCAGAGCAAACCGCCGCCGCCGCGGCGCCGGAAGCUCCCCAGACGAGCAAGUACGAAGACAUGGAGGGCGUGAGCCGGAUUGAGAGGAAGCAACUAUUCGAAGAACGCGCCAGGAGACUCGGCGAGAAAUACGGCCUCGAAAUCACGCAGAGCGAAUGGUACUCCACCGACGGAACCGCCCUCCGUGUCGACAAGCCAAUCCGCAUGCGCGUCCGCCGUGCCUGCGCCGCCUGCAACGCCAACUGGGCCUCUGCGAAACAAUGCCCUGCCUGCGGCUCGACUAAGUGCAAGCGCUACCCUCCCAAGCGUACCGAGGCCGAGAAGAUCGCCAGCCGCGAGCGCCGUGCCGCGCUGCUCAAAGCCAACAAGGAGAACGCCCCGAUCAUGCCCGACUACGACCCGGACUCGAACGACCCCGUUCUCAAGCGGCCCAGCAAGACGGGAGGCCAGGAUUUGGUUCACAAGAAGCCGCGGCAAAGGAUUAGGCGCACCUGCCACGAGUGCGGCGCCCUUUUCUCUUCUGGCAGCAAGCAGUGCAGCCAGUGCAAUCAUAAUCGCUGCACCGAUUGCCCAAGAGAUCCACCCAAGAAAGACAAAUAUCCGUUCGGCUAUCCCGGGGAUGAAUUCGGUCCCAAUGCCAUCCCACACCAUGAAUGCCAUGAGUGCAAAACCAUCUUCCCGGGCGGCGCUCCUGACGACACCCCAUGCAAGAAAUGUGAGCACGGGAAGUGCUCCGAAUGCCCACGACUUCAGCCUCGCAAGGUUGAACCAGAACCAGACCCAGACGUCUUGAAAAGCGUACAGGCCAAAAUUGAGUCUUUAAAACUUGGCGAGCCCACCGGAUGA